AAAGCAAUUAUAAACAUUUGGGAAAUCUGAGAAUCGUGAGAAGACGACCUGGAUAAGCUGAACCUAGCUGGAGGAAUAUAAUAAUUUUGAAAGAGAUAUUAAAUAAGUAAAUAAAAAAGCUUCAAAAUUAUUGUCUUUGAAAACGAAGAUCGAUUAUCGUUUUGAUUCGGCUGGAGAAAGAAGAAGAAGAACAGAAAAACAAUGGGGCGUGUGGAUUAUCUGGCGAUGAAGACCGACGUUGAUACGGUUGCUCUGGUCAAUUCCGACUUGGAGGAGCUCAAGAUCGCUGCGAAGAAACUCGUCAGCGAUGUUUCGAAGCUUGGUGGAUUAGCCUUUGGUGUUUCUUUCGUCAAAUGGAUCGCUUCUUUCGCUGCCAUUUACUUGUUAAUAUUGGAUCGUACCAAUUGGAGAACCAAGAUGCUUACAGCACUCUUGAUACCAUACAUCUUCCUUAGCCUUCCUGGUGUGAUUUUUAACUUUCUCAGUGGAGACGUUGGGAAAUGGAUAGCUUUCGUUGCAGUUGUACUCAGACUCUUCUUCCCCAAGCAUUUCCCUGAUUGGCUUGAGAUGCCAGGUUCUCUGAUCCUUCUGCUGGUAGUUUCUCCACACUUCCUAGUGCAUCAUAUACGCGGAACCUGGAUUGGCUCGGUCAUCAGCCUUUUUAUAGGAUGUUACCUUCUUCAAGAACAUAUCCGUGUAACGGGUGGGUUCAGGACUUCAUUCACGCAGCCCCGUGGAAUAUCAAACACUUUAGGGAUCAUCCUUCUUUUGGUCUACCCUGUCUGGGCUCUGAUCGUUCGUGUCUCAUAAAACCCACAUUCCUCUCAAUUUCAUCUCCAAGUUGUGUUCUUGCUCGGCUGGUCCAAUAAAAACUUCGUGAAAGAUCGAGCAAGAACCUAUCUUUCUGCUUCUGUUACAUACCCAAAUACUACUGCCUCAACGCAAAGCUCAAUCAAUGUUCCAUAUAUAUAAAAAAAAAGAAUCUCGUUUUUUUCAACUAUUUGUUUGUCUAUUGUAAGAAGAACUUGUAAGUUCUGAAAAGUUGUUUCGAUGUAAAUUGCUUAUGAAUUUUGUUUCGUAUAUGCCGUCGUGGAAUGUUUGUCGUUUUGGUAUAGCAAAAAGUGCAUGAGCUACACGCUGUUUCAGA